AUGAAAGGAAUGAAUUUCGUUCUUUGUCUCCGUUCGGUAUUUAUAAUAAUAUUCCCCUUUCUGCGCCAGAGUAAUGGAGUUGCGAAGAAUUCGAAUGAUUCUCUAAUAUGGAAGGUGGCCGGUUACCGAAAAUCGAACCUUAUGAAAUUCGACAAAUCCGAAACACGAAUUACGGGAGGAGUGUUGUACGAACUUUUCAGAAUUAUUCAACAGAAACUCCGAUUUAGUUAUGUUAUAGUGAAACCGAUAGACGAAAUUAUUGGAGAUUUAGCAGAAAAUGGUUCCUGGACCGGACUUAUAGGAAAAAUUGCAAAUCAGGAAGCCGAUAUUUCUACAAUUGGUUUGGCAAUCAGUCCAAUUCGCUAUCCGUACAUAAAAUACUCAUCAGUACUCACCUUUCAGCCAACGGUUUUUCUAAUCAAGGCUCCAAAAGAGAUCGCCGACUGGAAUUCUCUUAUGAAACCUUUCUCUUUAGAGAUGUGGAUCUGUGUAUCGCUGGCUGUGUUUAUAUUUGGACUGAUAUUGCACAAAAUAAUGGAAAACGACUUUACGGCAGAAUCGAGAAUACAUUGGUCACGGUGUAAAAUCUAUUGGAAUUUAUUUUGCUCGUUUAUGUACCAAGGAUUAAACCUGAAAGCGGUAAAGAAAUUUCCAACUCGAUUCGUGAUAGGAAUUUGGUGGCUGUCCGUUGUUGUGUUAAUAUCCAGCUACAGCGGGACACUGAUGUCUUACCUAACGUACCCUCUAACCGAAGAAGUUCCAAGAAAUUUCGAAGAAUUAGCAAAUUCUGUUCAAAGAGGUGAAUACCAGUGUGGCACUAAAGCGGGAAAUAUCAUCUGGAGGGAAAUUCUUGAUUCAAAAUCCCGCAAUACGAAAAUAUUGAGAGACCAUAUUUUGUCGAAUAACAAUUUAAUGUCUAUGGCAGAAGCCAUGGGACGAGUGCGAGAAGAGCGUUUCGCUGUCAUAGUACCUCGAUACGUAAUCAAGUAUUUUAUUAGAAAAGAAGAUCUACACAAAUAUACGAUUUCCACAGAUUCCCUUCUGACGCAGAUUCUCGCUUUCCCCAUGAGAAAAGGAUUUCCUUUCGAAAAGAAUAUAAGCGACAUUGUAACUCGUACGUGCGAAGCUGGAAUUGUUCGCAGAAUGUUUCCUUCGGAAGAUUUACAGUUAUCGAAAUCUUCGGAGUUUCGACCUUUGACAUCGGACGAUUUUGCCAGUGCAUACUUGUUACUAAUGAUCGGUUAUUCGCUGUCUUUUAGUUGCUUAGCGGUUGAAAUAAUAUACACGAAAUUUAUUGCCGCGAUGAACAAUUCAAAAUUUUACUAGCUGAAUUGUAUUCAGAAGAAUUUCGGAUUCAACAAUGGCCGAGUGGAUAAACCACCCAACACAAAUAACAGCCAUCGAUUAAUAGGGGGUCCACGCGCGAACAACCUUAACGUGGCUCUCCAACUAAGUAAACACAGCCUACACUUCAACUAUGUGCGCGGUUUAAUGUGGUAAGGUUAUAACAAUGAACACGCUUGGAGAAUUGUCUAUCGCGAGCUCGACAACGUAAUCGCGAAUGUCACAGAAGUCGGAAUUACUACUAUUACGUAAACAUGAUUAUAUGUUAACAAUAAUUACUUAUGCUCUGACUAUCACGAAUUAAUUCAAUUAUUAAUUAUUACUUAUUUAAUUAAGUUAGUCAAAAAAAUUUGCGUUACUUCUUUCCGAAUUCUUCUGGUAUUAAUAUGAUAAAUAAAUUUUUCUGCUAUUAA